CUCUUUUGAGAAAAAAAAAAAAAAAAAAAACAAAAAAACAAAAAACAAAUCACCAAAAUCCAAAUAUUAGCUUUUCCCAUCUGUUGAGUUCAUGAUUCGAAGAUCAAAAGAUUUCCAACGCCGGAUCAUGUCGUUUCCGGCAAUACAACCAUGCGAAUGCACAGCUCCGGCGACGCUACUGACGUCUUUGAUCAAUCUCAGUCGAACCAUUUGUAGUUACAGAUACAAAUUCUUCGGCAGCAACAAGCGAAACGCCAUCAAAUCGAUUCGCCAAAUCGGAAUCCUUCUAACAUUCUUCGAAGAACUUCAAGAUCGGAAAUCAGAAGAAUUUUCAGAUUCCACCGACUUAGUCAUGUCAGAGCUCCAUUUAAUCUUUCAAAAGAUUUUGUAUCUGUUGGAGGAUUGUGCUCUAGAAGGGGCUCGUUUGUUGAUGCUCAUGAAAUCAGAACUCAUAGCGAAUCGGUUUCGGGUUUUGAUCCGAUCGGUUGCUUUGGCUUUGGAGAUUUUGCCAUUGGAUUCAAUGGAUGUUUCACUUGAUGUCGUGGAAUAUGUAGAACUGGUGAUCAAACAAGCUCGAAGGGCGAAAUUUGGAAUUGAUCGUGAAGAUGAGGACAUUCUCAACGAGGUGAAUUCAAUUCUGUAUCUAUUUGAUUCACGAAUUGUUCCGAAGAAUAGUCAAAUCAAACGUGUUCUUGAUUACAUUGGGGUUAAAUCGUGGAGUUUGUGCAAUAAAGAGGUCAGAUUCUUGCAUUCAGAAAUUGAAUUUGAAUGGUCGAAUCAGGAUAAAACAGAGAUUUCCUUCUUAAGCAACUUAAUGGGUCUGAUGAACUACUGUCGAUGUAUGUUAUUCGAUGUCGUUGAUAGCGGCGAAGUGGUUCGAUUAGAUCAACGUAGCAACGAAAUCAUCGAUUGUCUAAACCCAGAUGAUUUUCGAUGCCCGAUUUCGUUGGAUUUCAUGUUUGAUCCUGUGACACUCGCAACAGGGCAGACUUAUGAUCGCUCUUCGAUUCAAAAGUGGUUUCGGGCAGCAAAUCUCACCUGCCCCAAUACAGGGAAGAGAUUGAAGAACAGAGAAUUAGUCCCUAAUUUAGCUCUCCGUCGGAUAAUUCGACAAUACUGUUCUAAAAAUUCUACCCCUUUUCCAGAAUCAAACAAACAAAAACCCAACUUGACGAGGACGAUUGCUUCUGGUUCUCCCACAGUGGAGAAGAUUAUUGGGUUUCUAGUGAAUUUUUUAGCUAACUUUCUUGAAUCAGGAACGCUGGAAGAGAAGAACAGAGCCGCUUUCGAGAUCAAAUUUCUAUCCAAAACGAGCCUUUUUUAUCGUUAUUGUUUGGUGGAAGUUGGUCUAAUUCCAAAUUUACUUGAGCUUUUAAGAUCUACAGAUGCUUUAACGCAGAAGAACGCCAUUGCAGCUGUGUCGAAUCUCUCGAAGCAUUCAAAAAGCAAGAAAGUAAUAGCGGAAAACAAAGGACUAGAAGCAAUUGUAGAUGUUUUAGUGACGGGUUACAGAGUAGAAGCCCGUCAAUUUGCUGCUGGUGCUCUGUUUUACAUGGCUUCCAUUGAAGAAUACAGAAAACUCAUUGGGGAAAUCCCGAAUGCGCUUUCGGGUUUAUUGAAUUUACUCAAAGACAAAGCAGAUCGAAGUAAAAAGAAUGCAAUGGUCGCAAUAUAUGGACUUCUUAUGGAUUCUGGAAACCACAGGAAAGUGCUUUCCGCUGGAGCAGUUCCAUUAUUGGUCGAUUUAAUCGAAACAUCUGAUAGCGAAAUUCUGAUUUCAGAUUCAAUGGAGAUUCUUGCAACUCUAGCAGGGAAACCAGAAGGAACGGCAGCGAUUUUACGAAGUGGGGCUUUGAAUUCAAUCGUGGGGUUUCUGAAUUCAUGUAGCUCAAUUGCUGGACGAGAGUACUCUGUUUCUUUAUUGGUUGCUCUGUGCAUUAAUGGCGGAUCUGAAGUAAUUGGUGUCAUUGCAAAGAAUCAAAGUGUAAUUUCGUCGGUGUACAGUAUUGUAAGUGAAGGAACAACUCGAGGGAAGAGGAAGGCGAGUUCUUUGAUUAGAGUUCUCCAUGAAUUCACUGAGUUAGAGUCAUCAAACUCCGAGUCAACUCAUCUUCUUCAAGAUCGAAUUGUUCAAGCCUGGUAAAUUUGGGAAUCGUUUUUAGAAUUUCCCAAUUAGUUUGAUUUAUUUUGGGUAAAUAGGAAGGAUGUGAAUAAGUUUCGUUUUUUGUUUUUUGAUUUAAAUUUUUUUUGGUGUUAGCUCGGGUUUUUGGGAGCUAAUAACAUUGCAGUGCAUUAGCUUCAUUAUUGUUUUUUGGAAGUAUCAAUGAAGCUUUGUACAUAAACGAACAAGUAUUCGUGUUAUUCUUUAUUCAAUUUAAAGGCAAUA